AUGCUACGACAGUUACUAGACAGUAAUAGGAGACAUAUCGAGGAAGUGAAUAAAAAGCAAGCGGAAGAAAAUAGGAGACAUAGCGAGGAAGUGAAUAAAAAACAAGCGGAAGAAAACAGGAGACAUAUCGAGGAAGUGAAUAAAAUACAAGCAGAAGAAAAUAGGAGGCAUAUCGAGGAAGCAAAUAAAAGACUGACUAGUGAAAUAGUACAGGGUGUUGGGGAGAAACUGGCGAUCAUUGACCAACGCAUCUCUGCCUUAGAAGAGGGGCAGCAAGUCAUUAGCAAGCAGGUGAUGGAGCAAGAAGAAAGCUUACAUCCACUAAACUGUGGAUCAGCUGGAAUUGAGAACAAUCAACAGCAGCAGCAGCAGUAUCAAUACCGUGAUUCCGAGGAGCAGGAGCAGGAAAGGGCACAGGUCCCGUUGAGCUAUAAUGCGAUGAAGGGAAGCUGGAUCGAUGGAACCAUGGUGAUGCAGAAAGCCACAGAACUCCAAAAUCUUUCUGAUGCAAGGAACCUGCGUGGCUUUUACGCUGGUAUUAAAGAGCUGUAUGGACCUAUCCGCUCCUCAUCAGGAGCACUGAAAGCUGCUGACAACUCCACCAUUCUUACUGAAAGUCAGGACAUCUUAAAUCGUUGGAAAGAGUACUUCAGCUCACUGUUAAAAAGCCCUUCUACUGCCGCUGGAGAUUUUCUCAAAAAUGCCCCACAGCACCCUCCAAAAUCCUGGCUGGCUGAUCCUCCAACUUUUCAAGAAUUUUGCAAGGCACUCAAGAGUGUGAAACCUGGGAAGGCUCCUGGACCUGACAGCAUCCCGAUGGAGCUUAUUGAGGGUGGCGGCUUGCCUCUAAAAACUAGACUCUUCUCACUUAUUAUAUUAAUGUGA